GGAGGGACCAGGUUUUGGGAAAACGAUACGCAGCACUAUAUAACCUAGCCUACUUCGCUGCCCAAUGUAUCCAUUAAACGCCCGCCGAUGCGAAAGGAAGAUCCUGUUGCAGCUGAUCGAAAGCGUCUGCGCAGUAGCAGUGAGCAGUCAGCAGCAGUGGUGAGUGUUCGCGCGGGGGACCUCUGUGCUGAGGAUCAUGCUUUCGGACCGCGGCAAGAAGCCACCAUGGUAGGGAAAAGACCACGGAUACAUGUGAACAGCACGACGGACAUCCACGAAAGCCUGCUAUCGAUGUGAAAGUGGUGGAUGGGAGCUUUGCGCUUUGACGGCAUCAGUUGAAGACAAGCAUUCGUUGAAUUUGUAGCCCACCAAAGCACUUGUUCGAGGAAUCCUACGCUGACUCGCUAGUACCCACUUCUCUAUCACAACGGCUGGACACAAAAUUGGAAUAGGCUACAUGAUGAAGUUUAAGCCCAACCAGACUAGGACUUACGAUGGCGAGGGUUUUAAAAAGCGAGCCGCCUGCUUGUGUUUUAAAAACGAACGGGAGGACGAGGUGCUACUUGUGAGCAGUAGUCGACACCCGGACCAGUGGAUAGUUCCAGGAGGAGGAAUGGAACCAGAGGAGGAGCCCUGUGGAGCAGCUGUACGGGAGGUGUAUGAAGAGGCUGGAGUGAGGGGCACCCUGGGAAGACUCCUGGGGGUGUUUGAGCAGAACCAGGACAGCAAACACAGGACGUAUGUUUACGUCCUCACGGUGACCGAGACGCUGGAAGACUGGGAAGACUCAGUCAACAUCGGCCGCAAAAGGAAGUGGUUCAAGAUUGACGAGGCGAUCCGUGUGCUGCAGUGCCACAAGCCUGUCCACGCCGAGUACCUCCGCAAGCUCACGGCUAACUGCAGCCCCUCCAACGGCAACAGCCCGGAGACGGUCACCCAGGACGACAACGCUCCCCACCACGUCACGCCCUCGCAGGACUGCGGCCAGACCCAUGUGCACAGAUAGGACAGCCACGCAGGGUGGCAGGGUGGCGCCAAAACAAACUCUACAACAGGAGCACUCUGCUGUGGACUGAACAAAGAGACUUUUUACUUUUUACCUGCAUGAUGGGCUUCUUCGUUUACUAUUUUAAACUUUUUUUUUGUUGAGACUUCAAGAAACCAAAGGAAAGACUAACUAAUAGAGUUUAAGAAUGCCUUCAUUGGGCCUCUGCGGCCACUUUCAGAUUGUAGUAGCCUACUUACAGAUUUUUUACUAUUCUCUCCAGCCAAACAAAGUCAAGAUGUUGAGGAUAUGAUCUAUGUGAGAUAUGCAGACAGGGCUACACUGCUUUGGUACCUUUUUAAUGAAACUGAAUCGGCAGUGCUGCAGUAUGGACAUCAUACAAGCUGUAUUUAUAUUAUUUUGGCCACUUUCUACAGUGACUUCUUUUCUUGGUUUCAUGACUGGAAAUGGUAGACCAGUCCACCAUUGUAGGGUUUUAGUGGAUUGCAUUACAGUGGAAUGGAAGUUUAGGGAAAAUGGCAAAGUUUUGGUGGUUGAAAACGUUAGCUGUUUGGAAUGCCUUUGUUUGUCAGUGAAUACUGUGUUGGAGUGUGAGUAAAGUAAAGUGUUAAAUUUUGCCAUGUAAGUUACAUUUGGUCUGACAGUCUGUAAUGCAUGUGAAAAAUAAAAUGACAGUAGUUUUUUAUAUAUAUAUUUUACCUCAUAAAGUAUUUCAAAGCUGCUGUAGGCCUAAACAUCGUUGGCAUUAUGUGUUACCAGACCUUGCCAACGUAUGUACCCCCUCCCUUCGUUAUAUGCACAGUCAACUUUGUAUUCACUGUCAAUGCUAGCUUGUUUAUGCACUCCAAAAAAAGUAUCGCCUGUAGCUUUAACAAACAUAGCAGUGACAUGUCUUGAAGAUUCUCACAUCGGGAGGGGCAAAUCAGUAAUAUUUUCCCCUUGACCGGAAAAAGUCUCUACUGGGCGGUUAAGGUAGUUAAAUGGCCUUGGAAUACACAAGCAGCAUCAUGUUAUACCAGGAAAAAGCCUUGAAGGGGGAACUCCAUAUCCUCUGAAACUCUUACCUUCAGGAUUUCAUCCCAUAAGAUAUGGCCAAUCCACAAAAAGGUGAAGAUUGUAGUUGGUGGCUUUAAAGCUAAGAGAUGUCCAUUUUCUACUUACA